AUGGCACGUGUUCUCGAAGCCGUUGAACAAGGUACCAUGACGUUACAUCCAACACUACAAACCCACACCACUGCCGACAACCCACUUAGCUCCAAUCCACCAUUACCCGAUUUGAACUCAUGGUGUCUACCAUCCAAGGAAUAUCCCGCUUCACGUUCCACAACAACCACCUCUGCUAUUGCUGUCACCAAAGUUGGACCGGGACAACUCAGAGCUUAUUGGCGAUCCAAAACAUCCACUACCACCAUUGAAACGACUAUUGCACCUUACCACUGGAAACGUUUUUGGAAGCUACGAAUGCCACAUGGGUCUCGUACCAUUUGGUGGCGUAUUCUCCACCAUCAUCUAUCGACAACUCAACACCUUCAUCGACUCAUGCCAGUGAAACAUCCCACCCCGAUUUGUCAGCUUUGCUUGGGAGAAGUGGAAACCUCUCGCCAUAUGUUUUUGGACUGUCCCUUCAAACGAGUAUUCUGGAUUGAUGCCUUGAGAUUCCUUGAAUCACUGGCAUAUGAAUACCUUGAUUCACUCAUUGCUAGACAUCCCACCCUUGUCUCGAUUCAGUUGGAUACAGUAGAAUUUAUUUUGGGGUAA